CGGAGCACGGCGCACGGCGGCGGCAAGGGCCGCGGGCGGGCGGCCGGUCUCGGACCGGUAUGGCGGACCGGCGGCGCGCGUGGAACACGGAGGACGACCUGCCCGUGUACCUGGCGCGGCCGGGCAGCGCGGCGCAGACCCCGCGCCAGAAGUACGGCGGCAUGUUCGCCGCGGUGGAGGGCGCCUACGAGAACAAGACCAUCGACUUCGACGCGUACAGCGUGGGCCGCCGCGGCUCGGCGCGCACGCCCCGCAGUGCUGGCCGGCUGGACGCCGUCGGCCUGCCGGGACCCGGCGGCAGCGAGGACACGGCCAGCGACGUGAGCGAGCCCUCGGGCUCAGUGGUCAGCUCACCGGGCGACCGCGACGAGAGGCCGCCCGCGCUACGCAUCCGCUGCCCUGCGCCCCGCGACCUGCCUCUGGGCCGGGACAAUGGCCAGAGUGACCGGCUGCUCAUCAAAGGCGGGCGCGUCAUCAAUGACGACCAGUCCUUCUACGCUGACGUCUACCUGGAAGAUGGACUCAUCAAACAAAUAGGAGAGAACUUAAUUGUUCCUGGUGGAGUGAAGAUCAUCGAGGCCAAUGGACGGAUGGUCAUUCCCGGGGGCAUCGAUGUCAACACGUACCUGCAGAAGCCUGCCCAGGGGAUGACUGCCGCUGACGACUUCUUCCAAGGGACCAGGGCAGCGCUGGCGGGCGGGACCACGAUGAUCAUUGACCAUGUGGUCCCGGAACCUGGGUCCAGCCUGCUGACCGCGUUCGAGAAAUGGCACGAAGCAGCGGACACCAAAUCGUGCUGCGACUACUCCCUGCACGUGGACAUCACAAGCUGGUACGACGGCAUUCGGGAGGAGCUGGAGGUGCUGGUGCAGGACAAAGGUGUCAAUUCCUUCCAGGUGUACAUGGCCUACAAGGAUCUCUACCAAAUGUCCGAUAGCCAGCUGUACGAAGCCUUCACCUUCCUGAAGGGGCUGGGAGCCGUGAUCCUGGUCCACGCGGAAAACGGAGACUUGAUAGCUCAGGAACAAAAGCGGAUCCUGGAGAUGGGCAUCACAGGGCCCGAGGGCCAUGCUCUGAGCAGACCCGAGGAGCUGGAGGCCGAGGCCGCGUUCCGGGCCAUCACCAUCGCCGGCCGCGUCAACUGCCCUGUGUACAUCACCAAGGUGAUGAGCAAGAGCGCGGCGGACAUCAUUGCCCUGGCCAGGAAGAAAGGUCCCCUUGUCUUCGGCGAGCCCAUCGCGGCCAGCCUGGGGACCGACGGCACCCAUUACUGGAGCAAGAACUGGGCCAAGGCAGCGGCGUUUGUGACCUCCCCUCCCCUGAGCCCGGACCCCACCACGCCUGACCACUUGACCUCCCUGCUGGCCUGCGGGGACCUGCAGGUCACGGGUAGCGGCCACUGUCCCUACAGCACCGCCCAGAAGGCGGUGGGCAAGGACAACUUCACUCUGAUCCCCGAGGGUGUCAACGGGAUCGAGGAGCGGAUGACCGUGGUCUGGGACAAGGCAGUGGCAACUGGCAAAAUGGAUGAGAACCAGUUUGUCGCCGUCACCAGCACCAACGCAGCCAAGAUCUUUAACCUGUACCCCAGAAAAGGGCGGAUCGCCAUGGGCUCGGACGCUGAUGUGGUCAUUUGGGACCCCGACAAGGUGAAGACCAUAACAGCCAAGAGUCACAAGUCGGCUGUGGAGUACAACAUCUUCGAGGGCAUGGAGUGCCACGGCUCCCCGCUGGUGGUCAUCAGCCAGGGCAAGAUUGUCUUUGAGGACGGCAACCUCAGCGUCAGCAAGGGCCUGGGCCGCUUCGUCCCGCGCAAGCCCUUCCCGGAGCACCUCUACCAGCGCAUCAGAAUCCGGAACAAGGUCUCUGGAUUGCAAGGGGUCCCCAGGGGCAUGUACGAUGGUCCCGUGUACGAGGUGCCAGCUACACCCAAAUAUGCAACUCCCGCUCCUUCUGCCAAAUCCUCGCCUUCCAAACACCAGCCUCCACCCAUCAGGAACCUCCACCAGUCCAACUUCAGCUUGUCAGGUGCCCAGAUAGAUGACAACAACCCCAGGCGUACGGGCCACCGCAUCGUGGCGCCCCCUGGUGGCCGCUCCAACAUCACCAGCCUCGGUUGACCGCGGACGGGCGGAUGAGCUAGAGUGAAGGAUUCUGGGAAAUAUGUCCAUUCCUCCCCCGCCAGUGGUUCUCCGACCCCCAGUUUUACGUGGAGCUGCUGGGGGACACAAGAGUGAGGUUCUUUCCUUUUGCGUUUAGGAAGAAGUGGUACUAGUGUGGUAUGUUUGCUUGGAACCCCCUCGCCCCAGAGUUGUGUGUCGCGCUGACGCCCGCGCCGCGCGUGGCGUCCUCCUCGCCCUCCUUAGUGAGCACAGGUCCCAGCGUCCUCGCGUCCGCCCCUCCCGCCGCCCGGCUCCGGGACCCCGGGCGGCCCCUCCGCACCCUCGUAGCUGUUCUAGGGUAGUUGAUGCAUGUUACUGAGUUGCGUAUGCUAGCCUGUGGGGGCCCCCGACGGGCGUCGCCGAGGACCAGUGCGGGUGCAGACCCAGACCGCCGGCCCUCAGGGCAGUCCCCGCGCUCCCGCGUCGGCGCUGCAGAGAAGCCGCUCCGCCCCGCCCACAUCCGUGACCUCUCAGGGCAGCUUGCAGAAAUGUCCUUCGCGUCCAUGUCAGAAACGCCGGUCUCCGUGGCGUGUGUCCCUGGCAUGCCAUCCUCCCGGCCUCCGUGUGCCCUUCCAGCCAGCUCUGGAGAGUCAGGCCGAGCCCGGGUCACACUCAGAAAGGGGUCUCUCGUCCCCAGUCAGGGCUGCCGACCGGGAGGGUGACAGCGGCUUCCAGUUGCCCGUGUCCUCGUCCCUCUGAGGAGGUGGACAGGGCAGUCAGAUUUUUAAAGUUUUGUACAAAGUUUUCCUUUGUAAUCACCCCCAUUUUUACUUAAUAACUGACUUAUUGUGGCUCUUACUUCUGAA